AUGGACCGCAAGAAUCUGAUCAGCACUAUAACCACACCUACUCAAGGUGCUCCUGCUAUCACAGAUACGACAAAGUAUGCUUCUUUGCACUUCAUUCGACACCACCUUGAUCCUGCUCUGAAAGAAGAGUACAUGAUGGAGGAAACAUACAAUUCUGCUGGACAUCAAAUCAACUCUAAGUUGAUAUUCUGCAACAGUGCAGUCUCGGAUGCAGAUCUCAUUGAAAAGAUACUCUUUACUUUCCAUCCUAAUAUGAGGAUUCUUGAUGAACAACAUCAUCAUCAGAAAUACAAGAAGCAUUCUGAGUUGAUAUUUGCACUUCUUCAGGUAGAAAAGCACAGUGAAAUUCUCGAUAAGAAUAAUAUGCCCUGUCCAACGGGAACACUGCCGCUGCUUGAAGCACAUUUCAAUUCUCAGAAUACUCAGAAGUCCUGUGGUCCCAAAAGGAACCAUAGGAAGUUUAAAGAAAAGUGGAGAUGCAAAGAGAAUCAGAAUAGCAAUGGAGUACAAAAGGGCAAGAAUCAUUUUAAGAAAAAUGAUAAGGGUAGCAGCUCUCAAGCUUGCUACAGAUGUGGUUAUACUACGCAUCAUGCAAGGAAGUGUACAACUUCUAAGCAGUUGGUGACGCUGUAUCAGCAAUCAAUUGGCAAGGGCAAGAAGGCUCAAGGGAACCAGUACGAAGCUCACUUCACUGGUCCAAUGAUUGAAAGUUCUCAAGAGAUUCAUGAGAACGAUGUUCAUAACAACAUGGGGAACCAAGAUCAAGCUCGAAAAAAGGAAGGACAACCACUUACUGUUGAUGACAUGUUGGUGGAUUUCACUUCUACUAAUGACAUAUAUGGAGAUAUGCUUUGA